AAGAAUCAAUGUUUUAGACGAUAUCAAUGAUUUGUAGAGUCGAGUACAGUAUGUGAAUUCCGUAGUCUUAUUAUGUUUAUGUUGUGACCGUUGUGACCGUUGUGACCGUGGCUGAAGCUCGAAGAUGGCUGUGCUACCUACAGCUGGUCGCCGUGCUCUACAGCUGAUUCGUAGCUGUGGCGUUGGACGGGUGCACGCUUCUAGCUAUCACUCGACCACUGUCGAGAGGAAUGCUGAUGUGAGUCCAGCGCCUGCAGCCACUGCUGGUGCGCAACAGGCAACCAGCAGCAUCCAUGACAUGGCCUACUCGCCUAGCUGGUAUGCACUGGGAGUCAACGAAGAGCUGAGAGUUAUGAUGAAGAAGACUGGCGCAAAGAAACACUCAAACUUGAUUCAGGCAAAGUGCUUGCCUCCAAUGCUGCAAGGGCACAAUGUUCUUGUCCACGCCUUGCCCGGAUCUGGCCUUACAACGGCGUACUGCAUAGCCAUCUGUGAUCGGAUCAUGAAGUCACUUGCUAAUGCGGAGAUGCGGCGCGAAGUGAUUCCUGCCGAUGAGAAGCCUGGUGUGUUGACGACGAAAGAGGAGAAGCAUGUGAUUGACGCCUUGCAAUCAGCAACGGCCAUCGGAGCACGGGCACUCGUCCUCGUCAAGGACGCCGUCCAAGUGCAACUUGUCGCCAAGCGGUUCAACAAGUACUUUGGCAAGACGUUCCGCGCGUGCGCCCUGUACGAGAAAAGCGAUCUGGUUAUGACGGCGGAGACGGCUGUUCUGGUCAUGACACCGCAGGUGCUGCUCGGCAUGGAACUGCCUUCGCUGAUGCGUCGCAUUGAUACCAUCGUCCUGGACAGUGUCUGUGAGAAGUAUGUUCUCGACCAGGUGCUAGCCCUGCCGCCACCUCGCACCACCGCCAUCAACCCGGUGGCCGGGACGCUGCCGGACGAGAAUGAAGACGACUACACGAAUCCGUUCAACCGUCAGCUGAUCGGGAUCGUGGACAACAUGACGCUCUUCGGGCAGGCGUCGUCGAUUCUCGCCCGCGACCCGCGCGUCGUCCUGGUGCGUGCGCCCCCUGACCCGGACAAGCUGCGCCAGCCGGCGUACCGGGUCUCCUCGCACUUGUUUGUGCGCGCCGAGGACGAGAAGGCGGCGCUUCGCACGGUGGUCACGGAGCUGCACGGCAUGCGCUCGACGCACUACGACACCACGCUGCAGGCCUCGCACUGCAAGCGCGUACUGGUCAUCGCCAGCAGGCAGAUGAAUCCCGAAGCGCUGGCCAACCUCUGGGCGGUCGUCACCGAGCCGCAGAUGGUGCACGACGUCGGCGGCAAGGAGGAGGCCUGGUUCAAGAACUUCCGCGUGUCGGCGCUGUUCGCACGGCUGCAGCGCGAAUCCUACAAGCUGUUCUCGAACGGGUCAGUGCCACUGAUGGUGACGACGCAGGAUUUCGCUACCGGCCUCCAUUUCCAGGCACCGCUGGACGCUGUCAUCUUUUACGGCAUGCCGGACCCGCAGCACUACUUUGAGGCGUGUCGGCAUGUACAGUAUCGCAGGGGCUGCGUGAUAACGGUGUACGAUGAGUCACGCGCCGCCUUGGUUGACGUGCUGCAGGCACUGUCGCGCCCAUCUCCGCCGAAGCUGAGCGAGACACACAACGACAUGUUGUGGCAACUGGUGUCCACAACACUGAACAUGCGCGAUGUGAGAAACAUGUCCGACUACGUCCAAGCGGUCAGCCCGCAAGCCCUGAAAAAGAUUGCCGGCAGCGUCGCGGACAUCGACUCGUUGGCAGCUCAAGUGGGCGCUGGACUGUAUGCGAGGAGAAGACCCAGACGUCCUCUCGAUGGCGAGCGGCGGAUGCGUAAAUAGCAUACUGAGUUUCAUCAUGACUCGUAUUGCGUUGCGAUGAUGACAUGUGUAUCGUAUUGUACAUGUAUAUAAAUGUGUGUGUGUGUGUGUGUGUGUGUGUGUGUGUGUGUGUGUGUGUGUGUGUGUGUGUGUGUGUGUGUGUGUGUGUGUGUGUGUGUGUAUUGUACAGUGGAGAAGUCCUACUUUAUCUGCGCUUUAUUAAAAAAGUUGAUGGACAAACUCUGUUUUCUUAAUUUAUGCAUGCUGUAGUUUGGUAUAUAAUCUGUACAUACCACAGCUUAGGCUAUUUUCUUGUUAGGGACAUUUAAAUGCCUGUUCAUUCAAUGCUUGUAAUCUGUUGGGAAACCCUCAGCCGAAAGGCUACUGAA